AUGGUGCAGUACAAUUUCAAGAAAAUCACUGUUGUCCCUCCUGGGAAAGACUUCAUUGACAUUAUCUUGUCCCGCACUCAGAGGCAGACACCAACUGUUGUCCACAAGGGAUAUGCUAUCUCCCGCAUUCGCCAGUUUUAUAUGCGCAAGGUUAGGUAUUCCCAGCAGAACUUCUAUGAAAAGAUAUCCACCAUCAUCGAUGAGUUCCCUCGGCUAGAUGACAUCCACCAUUUCUACGGCGAUCUCCUCCACGUUCUCCAUAACAAGGAUCACUACAAACUUGCUUUGGGCCAGAUUAACACUGCCAGGAACAUUAUAGCAAAGAUCUCCAAGGACUAUUUGAGGCUGCUCAAGUACGGAGACUCCUUAUACCGUUGCAAGUGUCUGAAGGUAGCUGCACUAGGUCGCACGUGUACUGUUAUAAAGAGAAUCAGUCCUAGUCUGGCAUAUUUGGAGCAGAUCAGGCAGCACAUGGCUAGGCUUCCGUCCAGAGACCCAAACACCCGGACUAUUUUGAUUGGUGGCUAUCCAAAUGUGGGGAAGAGCUCUUUCAUGAAUAAGGUUACAAGGGCAGAUGUGGAUGUCCAGCCUUAUGCUUUUACAACGAAAUCCCUGUUUGUUGGUCACACAGAUUACAAGUACCUGCGGUACCAGGUGAUUGAUACUCCAGGGAUCCUUGACCGACCUUUUGAGGAUAGAAACAUCAUAGAAAUGUGCAGCAUCACUGCUCUUGCACACUUGAGAGCUGCGGUGCUGUUCUUUUUAGACAUAUCUGGAUCUUGUGGGUACAGUACUGCACAGCAGGCAGCCCUAUUCCACAGCAUCAAGUCCUUGUUCAUGAAUAAGCCUUUAGUCAUUGUGUGCAAUAAGACUGACUUGCAGCCUCUAGAAGGUCUUUCUGAGGAAGACAUGAAGCUUGUAAUGGAGAUGAAGGCAGAGGCUAUGAAGACUAUUGCUCAAGCUGGAGAUUCUAAUGAAGAGGGUGUUUUGUUGACUAUGAGCACUUUAACUGAUGAUGGUGUCAUGGCUGUUAAAAAUGCUGCAUGUGAGAGGCUUCUUGAGCAGAGAGUGGAUGUAAAGAUGAAAUCAAAGAAGAUGGUUGAGUGCUUGAAUAGGUUUCAUGUUGCCAUGCCAAAGCCUCGGGACAACAAGGAGAGGCCUGUUUGCAUCCCUGCAGCUGUUCUGGAAGCUCGGGCAAAUGCUGCUGCUGCAAAGGAAAAGAAGAAACUGGAGAAGGACCUUGAGAAUGAGAAUGGAGGUGCUGGGGUCUAUUCUGCAAGUCUUAAGAAGCACUAUAUUCUGCCUGAGAUAUUGGAUGGCCAUAAUGUUGCCGAUUUUCUGGAUCCUGAUAUUCUGGAAAGGUGUGAAGAGUUGGAAAGAGAGGAGGGGCUUCGUCUUGAAGAGCAAGCGGCGCAAGAUGCUUUCCAGAUUGAUGGCCAUGAAUUAACUGAUGAGCAGCGUGAAAUCUUGGCUCAGAUUAGGAAAAAGAAGGCAUUACUCAUCCAAGAACAUAGAAUGAAGAAGAGAACUGCAGAAAGCCGUCCUAUUGUACCUAGAAAGUUUGACAAAGACAGGAAAUUCACAACUGAUAGAAUGGGACGGCAGCUUUCCACUAUGGGCCUGGAUCCUAGUGCAGCCUUAGACCGAGCUCGUAGCCGAUCAAGAGGCCGCAAGCGUGAAAGGUCAUUGAGCAGAGCCGCUGGUGACGUUGAUGGUGAUGGUAUGGAGAUAGAUGGCCAGCAGUCCAACAAGAAACUGCGGACAAGGUCUAGAUCCAGGUCGAAAUCACGGGCACCUGAGGAGGUCACACCUGGAGAAGGAUUCAGGGACUCCGAGCAGAAGAAGAAGGCAAUCAAGAAGGCAAAGGACUCCACGAGGAACAGGAACAAGCAGGCUCGCCGUGGAGAGGCUGACCGUGUCAUUCCCACUUUGAAACCAAAGCAUCUAUUCUCUGGGAAACGCUCUAUUGGGAAAACAAGCAGGCGAUAAGUGAAUCAACACGGCUGAUGCACGUCUCUUGAUCUGGUGCGCCAUCUUGUCAUGCAUCAUGUUUAUUUAUGUUCAUAGAAUCCAUCUAUGUGUUUGACGUUUAUUUUCCCUAUGCUAUUACUGUUCGAUGAUCGAAAUUAAUCCCUAUCUCGUGUUGUGAGCUGUGAAGUACCCACCAGGGGGUGGACCAAGGAAGAGGCAGGCGAUUGGGUCCUUCCCAUCCUCUACGAUGUCCCCCAACCGUUUCCUGUACCUCUAUAUCCUCUAUAGAAACAGAAGGGCCACUUUUUGUAGGAGGAUAUUGGAUUGCUUCAGUAUUGGGAUACUGAUAAUUGGUUGAGGAUGGAGUCAGUGUCCAAUCAGCUUGAUGGAUUCGACGCUGCUACGCUUCACCAGUUCUCCUAUACGUCAAAAACUUGCCCCUUGUGUCUUUCCCUCCUCCGAGGAGCAUAGUUCUCCUAGCUUAUGUUAUGGAGUUACUUCACAU